CUAACGCAGAGACGAAGAGGCACGUGUGUUUAACGUGAAGUUAGACAAGAGUGAACUACAAACAACUUAUACAAAUACAUAUAAAAACUUAUACAACCAUAAAGCCACGAAUAAAGUUAAAGAACCAUAAAACGCCUGUAUAAAGGCCAAAAAACAGACGCCUUACCGCGACAAAGUGUCUUAAAAGAAUCAAAAUAAGCUCCCGUCUAAUGACAACCACGCAUGAGCACAGGGCGCCGCCAUGACAGUUCCGGUCACGUGAUUUGAAAAACCAAUCCGUUGGGAACGUCGUGACGUAGGCGCCUCCCGCCAGGCACACUUCCGGGUCCAUUCGUCUGCAGCGGUUCAUUCAAACCUGGUUUGUUUACCGUCAAGAUGCCGCAGUGUUGUGUCCCUCAGUGUUUUAAUAGAUCGGAGACUAAAGGGAUCACUCAACUCUCAUUCUACCGUUUCCCCGCUGAUGAUCAAAAGAAGAAGAGAUGGCUGAAAUUAAUCAGGCGUGACAACUUCACUCCAAACCACAACGCAAGAGUGUGCAGCUGGCAUUUCCCUCAGGGCAAAGCUGCUGGGCCGUCACGGUUUGCUUGGAAUGAGGGGAAGCUCUUCCCAGCAUGCUUCAGCCCAGAACCCAAACGUAAGAAGAAAGAAAUGGUUCCGCUCCCUGCCAGUGGCGAAGAUGAGGACUCAGAUGACCUUAAACCACACAACACCGACAGUGCGAGCGCCCCGGAGAUCCCUCGCACGUCCGCACACACCCUGAGAGCUAGUGUUGUGGUUCUGGAGAUAGAAAAUGAAAUGUUGAGACACGAGAAUGAGGCGCUGAAAAAACAAUUGGAGAAACAAACACAAAGCUUUUCUUUUUCUCAAAUUUCCUCCUGUCCUGAGAAAGUGCAACAUUUCACCGGCUUACCCGACGCUGAAACUGUCCUGUUUUUGGAAGCACUCCUUUCAAGGUUUGAGCUAAAAUAUCAUUGUGAUUGGAUCCCCAGUAUGCCCCUAGUAGAUCAGCUACUCCUGACCUUAAUGAAGCUCAGAAUUAAUCCUGGCCGCAUAGACCUUGCAACCCGAUUCAACUGUAGCAAAGCCACAGUGACCAACGUCUUCAUCACCGUUGUUUGUGCGCUUUAUGACGUCUUGUAUGUCGGCAUGCUUGAGAAUAACAUCCCCUCUUUAACCAAAAACGAGACCUCACUACCAGACUGCUUCCGGAACUUUCCUAACUGUAGGAUUGUGCUGGAUUGCACAGAGGUUGCCACAUAUAAAACUCUCGUCGGUGUGGCUCCGAAUGGAGUGAUUACGUUUGUCAGUGACCUGUACGGCGGGAGCACCUCAGACAAGGCAAUAACAGAAGACUGCAAAGUCCUCCAACAUCUAGAACCCGGGGACAUGGUGAUGGCAGGCAAGGGCUUCACAGUUCAGGACAUUCUGCCUGAAGGUGUUUCACUCAUUACCCCGUCCUUCGUUGUUCAUGGACAGUUCACAGAGGAAGAAAUGAACAAAAACAGACUCAUAUCCUGUGCUCGGAUUCGUGUGGAGCGUGCAAUUCAGAGGCUGAAAUCUUUUCGCAUUCUGAAUGUCAUUUCGCAUCAGUACAGAGAGAACAGGAACAAGAUACUGAAAGUGUGUGUCUGUCUUACGAAUCUGCAAACGCCAAGUCUGCUUGAAAUGGCAUGAUAGGAAUGAUUCAGAUGUGAAAAAGAAAUAAAUGCAACCGGAGCGUGAAAAGAUCCAAACUGUCAAACUCUCGUGAAUACACCAUAAAUGUGUCUUUUAAGUUGUGAUUUUAUUAAAAGUGACUGAUCCUGUAAUGCUGAUCUCUCUGUCCAAUGCUUUUUUUUUUUUAAAUUUUGCUGUGAAUUAGUUUU